AUGGUCAAUCGAGUUCGUAGAAAGGAAAAUGUUGCACCGGCCAUUCCAGACACACGUCGCGGUAUUGAGGUUCCCGAAAAUUACAAACAGUACGAGGUAUCCGAGGGAGUUUUCGAAAAUUAUUUGUUAAUGGAUUCCGGAAAUGACGAUGACAAUCGUAUUCUUGUUUUUGGAAGAGAGUACAACCAAACAUGGGCACACGACAUGCGUGACAUCUUCAUGGACGGUACAUUUCUAUUGGCACCACCAUUAUUCAAACAAAUUUUUGUUGUUCUUGCCCGUCGCGGUGAGCGGUACGUGUUUCCGGUGCUCUUCUGUCUGCUGCCCAACAAAACAACACAAACAUACCGAAAAUUAUUCUUUCUUAUAAAACAACAGUGGCCUCGUUUCAACCCCGAGACGAUAAACGUGGAUUACGAAGUCGCAAUUCAUGAUGCAUUACGCACUGAAUUUCCGGAAGCCGAUGUACGAGGAUGUUUUUUCCAUCUCGUACAAAAUCUGCGAAAACAUCUUUCCAGCAGCAAUCUAUUAGGUAGAUACCAAACCGAUGCGGAUUUCGCUUUGCAAGCGCGAAUGAUUACAUCAUUGGCUUUUGUACCUGAGGAAAAUCUAAUGCAAGCACUUAUUGACUUAGAAAAUUAUGUCACAGAUGAUUUGGAACCAAUAGUAGCCUGGUUCACAAACACUUACGUGGGCCGACUUCGAAAUAACGGCACUAGGGCUCCUCCGAAUUUUCCAUAUGCCACCUGGUCGGUGUUGCAAAGGACAUUAGCAGGAAGCGACCGAACAAAUAACUAUGCCGAAGCGCUCCAUCGGAAACUGCAACUAGGAUUUGGCGUAGCACACCCAAGCAUCUGGAAAUUUUUGGAUGGGCUCAAGAAAAUCCAAAAAUUAUUUGAUGCUACGUACGAGGAUUUCGUAGCUGCACGUGAACCCCCUUUAAAACGACGCCGAUACGACGAAGCAGACAGAAGAAUUUUGACGAAAGUUCAAAAUUUUGAUGCAGGCAGUAUAAUUGAAUAUCUGCGAGGUUUGUCACACAACUACCGCAUGGAGUAG